GUAAAGCUAAGUGAUCUAAAUCACUCAGUAAAAGGAGGAGACACUUGGCAGCUUGGCACCAGUGCUAAUGAAGCCAAUAGCCUACCCUGCUUUCUCCAUUUGUCUGGCUCUCAUUUUGGCCAGAUUCCUUGGCAUACACAUCAGUUUUGUGAGAAGUCAGAAGAAAGACACACUAAUUUUCACUAAGGAAAACACAAUUUGCAGCUGCAGCUGUUCUGUGCCUAUCCAUGACUGCAAUUACUGCCUGGCAAACUUGAUGUGCAACUGCAAAACAGUGCUGCUUUCUACCAUGGAAAAAAAUACCUACAACAGCCACCUGACCAUCUGGUUCACAGGCACUUCUCUGUGCUGGAGAUGGUCCUCAUCUUCACAAGCUGAGGUGUGGGAUUUGAAGCUGUCCUUCGCUGGCACCACUCCUCUCCCAGUGGAAUAUUUGGACAUUUGGGGACUUUGAAAGCUCCAGGUAAACAAGGUCAAGGGACAAUUUCCAGAGCAGAGUGUAACUAUCUCCAGCAGCAGCAACAAUGACAAAGACUUGCUUGAGGUGCACAGGCAAAUGCUUGCACUUUUUUUUUCUGGGUAUCUCUCGCUUUUCAAUGGAUAUUCACGGCUGAAGUCAUACAGUGUGGAAAAUGUCUCUAGUAUCAUAAAGCCCUUUCCCAGCCUGCUGUACUCUGAUGUUUUCUCAACUUCAGACAGUGAGAGCUAUGUUGUAACAUUCAUUUACUGAGUUAUUUAACACAGUCGGUACUGAGAGGCAUGCGAGGCUGCUAAGAGUGAUAGGAUGCCUUUAAGUUUGUCUGGUUUGUCCAGGAGGAUGUGUUAGGGAGAUGUGAGAGAACUCCACAAGGAGGUGUUUGAAGUAAGAGACUCAUCAGAUUAAUUCAACAAAGUCUUUCUUAAUGAACAAAAUAAAUG